AUGUUAGCCGGGCAGCAGGCAUCAUCAACUGAACGUCCUCGUGAAGCUGGCCAUGUAGCUGGUAAACUUCAUCAGCGCCACCAUGCCUCUUCAUGGAACGUCUACAAUGCCGACAACAUUGCGCGCGUCAAAGCCGACGAGGCCGCCGCCGCUGCCCGCGAACAGGCCGAUGAGCAGCGUUUGCAAGAGCUCGACGCCGAGCGACGUGCUGCUAUUCUCCGAGGCCGAACACCGCCGCCCUUGCCAGAAAAAGUACCGAAACACGAGGAUGGAUCGGGGCGGGUGAAGGAAAAACAUGAGGGUGGUCGCGAAAAGAAGAGAAGGAAGCUCGCCGGUGAGGAUGAUACAGACAUGGACAUACGGCUGGCCAGAACCCUCACGGCGCCCAGGGACGAGGACGACAAGGACACCAAGAACAACAACAUCUUCAAACUCCGGAACACCGCUAGCGACGCCCCUCUCCAAGACUAUGCCGGCAACAUCAAUCUCUUUCCGGUGGAUAUGAAAGAGGCCAUCAAGCGCGAACGGAAUGCUGAGGCCGAGGCAGAGAAGCGGAAGAAGGAAAAGGCUCUCGAGGACCAAUACAGCAUGCGCUUCUCAAACGCAGCAGGAAAGGCGGGGCUAGAUCAGCCAUGGUACACGGCCGAACAAAAGCCAUCGCAGGAAGCUACUCAAGACCAGGACCUGACGGUAUAUGAAGGCUUCGUAAAUAAAGACGUUUGGGGAAAUGAGGAUCCUCGGCGCAAAGAAAGAGAACAGGCUCGCAUAUCUUCCAGCGACCCAUUUGCCUUUAUGCAAAAGGCCCAAGCUCAACUGAAAAGGUCCAAACAAGAUAAGAAGCGGUGGGCUGAGGAGCGCGACCGCGAGCUAAGGGAGUUACGAGCUGCGCAAGAGCAGGAAGAGAGGCAGAGCAGGCAUCAUAAGAGAAAGAGACGUGACCGGGACGAUACCGAAGACCGCGCUCGCCAUGCUGAACGCCCUCGGUCCAGACACGUCCGUAGGAGUCGGAGUCCCAGUCGCAGCAGGGACAGACAUGCGCAUAUAUUCUCGCAUCGCAGUGAAAAACGAAAUCACCGUAGUAGGAGUAGGGAGCGCGAUCGUGGUCAUGAUCGUGAAAGACAUCGAGGUCGCAGACAUGGUGAGCACUGA